UUUCCCCGGGAGGACCGCCUGUAUCCCAUCAUGCUCCGCUCCUCGGACGCUCUAGCUGUGUAUUCGCAGACCAGUGUAAUCGAGCGGUGAUCCUGUGCUGUGAUUGGUGGCGGCUGCUCUGUCUCUGGGCUCCGCUAGUGUCGCCUGCGGCUCCAUGUGUCUUCGGUUUUGCUGCGUUUCUGAUCUGUGAAAACAAACCGGCUCCGAGCUUAACGGGUGAUGGCAUCUCUGGUGAGUGCAGACUCCUAUUUGCAGAGUCUGGGCAGGAAGGUCUGUGAGCAGCCAAGGAAAGAGACACCAAAACGUAAAGCAGCCUUUAGAGAUCCAGAUGCUCCCAGUGGCCUCAAGAAGAAGAAAAAGAAGCCACGGAAACUGCGAGGAGCGGGGGGAACCGCCCACAAGCUGCCACUGGUCAUCCCUGCUCCGCAGAGCACAGACAUCACUCUGAGCUCCUUCUCCACAGUUGACUUACUAAGGAGACGUCUCCAUGAGAAGAUUGAGGAGUCUCGGGGUCAGGUUUCCAACAAAACUCUCUCAACUGAAGAAAUCCAGAAAAGAAGAGAAAGGAGGAAACAAGAAAGAGAACGGAAGAAGAGGAAAAGGAAGGCGCUGAAGAUGACUGAUGAGACACCGGCGCAAGAAUCCACCUCCAUGGAGAAGAGCUCAGAGGAACCGACAGAGGACAACACUCGGCCCCCGCUGGUCUUCAAUAAGGUGGAGGUCCAUGAUGAACCCCUGAAUAAGGUCUUGACAAAGAAGCAGAAGAAACAGUUUGUGAAGGGCAACAUAACGCCCAUGACUGGCAAGAACUACAAGCAGCUGCUGAGCCGCCUGGAGUCCCGCAAGAGCAAACUGGAGGAGCUGAGGGCCAAAGACCAGGAGAAAGCCAAGGACUUUGAGCAGAAGAUUAAAUGGACAAAUGUUCUGUACAAAGCCGAAGGCCUAAAGAUAAAGGACGAUGAGGGCAUGCUGCGGAGCGCCCUGAAGAGAAAAGAGAAGCGCAAGGAGCAGAGGAAAAGGCGCUGGGAUAAUCGCAUCCAAAAUACGGCUGAGAAGAUGCAGCAGAGGCAAGACAAGAGGAACCGCAAUAUCAAGAAGAAGAAGGUGUCCAAACUGGAGAAGAAGAAGAACAGGGCGCGCAAGCGGGGGCGAAUCAUGCCUGAGGACUUGGCCAAAAAUAAUGUGAAGUGACGUGAGGGGAGAGGUCUCGUCUUGGGGGGUUAGUAUGGAGCGGGUGGUGGUCAAACUUAUGGUAUGACAUGUAACCCUCUAACAUGUGGAGGGAAUGGAUCAUAUGUAUAGUUUGUGGCUAAAUAUAUCCCCAGUUUCUGAUACUUUUCUUUAUUCAGAUUGUAGGUUGUUUAUUUAGUGGGCGUGUUGAUAGCAGCAUUCAGAGAUUCAGCAGUCACAUGACAUGUAUGCAGACACGUAGCAUUGUCCGCCCCUCACGGGUUCCCACUAUCUGCCUCUGUACACAAGGUCAGGUCAUGUGCAGGAAGGACAAUGAGAUGUACUUGUGGCUCCUGCCUGGACCCUUCAGUCUUUUGGGCGCUCUGCCCACCAGUGGCAAUACAUGUGCCAUGCCCACCCCCAAAAAAAACAUGGCUCAAAGAGGUCAACUAUGGGGAUUGUGAUAAGUUCUCUGUGCAGCAUCAGUACCUGGUGAUAACAAUUGUCUGCGCAGGACUGCAACACUUUAUGGAAAUAUUGUUUUGUCUGGACUGGGGAUGGUGGUGGUGGGGUGGGGAUGG